GCUCGAAUUCAUGAGUUGUGAGAUGACCUGAGCCGAAGUCGGAUGCUUAACUGACCGAACCACCCAGGUGCCCAAUGCUUUGUCUUUUAAGUGUGUGUCCAUUUCUAAAUGGAAUAAAUAGAAUAUACAUGCAGUGGGUACUCAGUGGCCUUCAAAUGUAUUAUUGGUUGAUUCCAUUGCUUAAAAGUCUUAUCUUGUGGGGGUUGUUUCUGCCUCUGCAGAAGAGUUAGCACUUCAGGCCUGUAAUUAACAGUUCUCUUGAUGCUGAAUUUACUGCUAGGGGUUUGAGUAAAUUUGCAAUGAGGAAAAAAGGGAAGUCUUUAAAAAUGAUUUUGUAUUUUGUAGCUCUUGUAUCUGGAAAUAUAAAACUGGUUUAAAAUGUCACAUACUUCACAGUUUCAUAAAUGCUAGAGGGAUCAUCCCAAUCAAAGAAAGAUGCAAAAAAAAAAAAAAAUUAAGAAGGUGUUGGUGAGAUACAGCUUCUGGCGGAUGUGUUGGAGUUUAAAUUCUUUGAGUGUUGGAACCAGAACAAGUUUUCAUGUAACUGUUGAUUUUUGCUAUGAUUUGUGUCUGUUGGAACCUCUGGAAGGGGAGACAACAUGAAAAGAGAAGCAAUUUCUGGAUGGAAAUGCACAUUUGGAAUUUGAAAAAGCAGUUGCACUGCCAGUGAGCCCCAGGUGAAAUGUCCAACGCCUAGAGGCUGAUGCCAGGCCAGCAUGAUGUACAUGGUUUUGAGUGGGUCAGACUGACAACAUGAAAAGGAAGCCUUGCUUGUCACUUGGACUUGGACCAUGGCUGUCUGGUAUUGCAGUAUGACUUUCUGCAAGAAGCCAAAGAAAAGCAGCUGGCUCUCUUGGAAUCCCAGAUUCACUAAUUGUAAAAGUCUGCAUGUGACUAAGCUGAAAACUGGCCUCUGGGAGCUGUUUCAGCCCCAGCAGGAGCUGUGCUGACCUGGAAGCAGACACAGGCUCCAUGAAUAGGACUCAGACCCUGGGACCGUUGAAGGUUUAGGACCCCUUCUGUAGAGCUCUCAUUAUGAAAACCUACAUCGUGGAUGCUGGCCGGACAGUCGGGCCACAUACACAUGCCCACAGGAGAAGGCUUAUUCUCUGAUGGGACCAUCUACAAUCAAGCUGCUGGUCAGCUCUUUGUCGCGAAUGUGGAGGCUACCUGCAUCCUGAUUUGUGAUCCCUGCCAAUGUUGGGGGAGGGCACAUCACAGGGACUGUGACCCCUCCACCUGCUGUUGAAGAUCAGACUCUGGGCCUUCUUGGCAAGGAUGUCUCACUGGUGUUGACUUGUGUUUGGCUUUCUAGACUAGUUGCAGCUUAACCACAGUGGGCUGAUAGCCUGAUUCUAUUUCCUUACUGCACCCUCCCACCCCCAUACACACCUAGUAAGGUAGGUUCAUUAUUUGAAUAUAGCUGUCUCAAGAGGGAUUGAUCUAGGCUGUUCACUGAAUAAAAGGAAUGGGAGAUGAUGUACACCCAUUUGGAAACUUUUGAAAAUUCAAGCUUUCAUCCUCCACUAGUCUUCCAGGGCUCCCAGAACAAAAUGCCUCAGACUGGGGGGCUUAAAUUAGAGAAACAUGUGCUCUCACAGUUCUAGAGGCCUGCAGUCCUAGACCAAGGUAUUGGUGGGUUUGACUUCUCUCAAGCCCUCUCUCUUGGCUUAUAGAUUCUCACCGUGUCCUGACAUAGUCGCCCCUCUGUGCUGUCUGUAUCCUGAUCUUCUCUUCUUCUAAGGACACCAGUCAGUUUGGAUGAGGGCCUACCCUAGUGAUUCUGUUUUAAUUCAAUCAGCUCUUUGAAAGUCCUGUCUCCCAAUAGAGUCACAAUUCAGAGGUACUGGGGGUUAAGGCUUCAACAUAGGAAUGGCAGAGGGGACACAAUUCAACCCCUGUAACACAUCCUGACCAAUGCCUGAAUUUGUCUUUCUGGUUAAGUUAGAUAAAAAUGUUUAUCUGCAAAAAUGUAUUUGUGUCUCUUGUAUACAGCCUUUGCAGAUAAAAAGCCUGGAGGAGACUAAGAGGGGAUUGGAAGAAUGUUGUUGGGUUGCUGAACAGCGGGGCCUACAGAUUUUGUAGCAAUGAAAAGGCAAAGUCCUGGCACCUGGAGAGCCUGGGGGAAAUGGUGGGGGGCAUCAAUAAUCUUGGAAGCUUUCCCCUCUUCCUCACGGAAAGCUCCAGUGCUACCUUUCCAUGCUCUGGAGUGCUUUGAGUUCAGACCGCUGAGCCUGUGAUCACACCAGGCAGCCCUGGCUCUGACGACAGAGGGGGCCAGGGCCCUGCACUUCCACACAGAAUGCACACUCAUGAGAUGGGGACACUUGUAUCACAGACAAGUAGAAUUGUUUGGAACUGACUGCCUUCACGCAGCUCUUCCGAUACCAAGGGCUGGCUGGAUCUUCCAGACUGGACCGGAAGCCCUAGGGCGGGAGAACCGUGGUAAGAGGCUUACACUGGGGGCCCUGUUACCCUUCACUGCCUAACAUAUGUCUUGCUUGAGGUACCCUAACAUUGAAAACUCAUUUCCAGUGGGACCAUGUGCCCUCUGGGACUGUACUAAUGUCUUUGUGCCCUGUCACCACAUUGCCUCAGCCCUGGAAGGCUUCAGAUCAGCCUGAACUUACUGGCCACAGCUGUGCUGUACCUGAAUUGGUGCCUGGGGCCAGGUAAAAAUGAAUCAUACAGAAGUUUAGGGAGGAAGCCACUUGGCUUUCUAAGAUAGACUGUUGUUCUUUUUUUAAUUGAGGUAUAGUUGACAUAUAACAUUAUAUCUAAAGUAGACUUUGAUGGUUAACGGGACCCCUGGCAGGCAUAACAGAUCAGCACUGCAGUUUGGGCUCAUCUUUUUGCAUGGGGUCCUACUGAUAAUACAUUUGCUGCAAAGAAGCAUGAGCCAAGGCCAAGGGCCAAGGGGAUGGACAGCGCAGAAGGGAGUUAACACAGUAAGCCUGAGACUGCUCUCCUUGUUUGCAAGACUGACCCUUGGCUGGCAUCUGGGUAAUUGGAUUUUGAGUGGGUUGUCACCAUUACCUAAAUAGUAAGAAUGGCUCACUGUGCCUAAACUGUGCAGACAGUAUGGUUUAUGCUAAAUGCCUGCUUUUCUUCCAGGAAUCCAACAUUUUGGUAUGUGCCAGGCAGAGGGUGUCUACUUGGCCAGCCUAUUGGGCCAGCAGUAUAAAACCCUGGGCACUGAGCCUCUAAGGAGCUUCCCUGGCAAAUAACACUUCACACUUGCUGUCAUAACUCAUUGCUGGAGGCAUUAAGUGUUCUUUGUGUCUAUACUGCGAGAAGGCUCUGGGAAGCUUGUACCCGGUUUCCUCUGGGCUUUGUGCUAUGCACCUUUUUCUGUUUGCUGAUUUUGCUUUGUAGCCUUUUGCCGUAAUAAAUUAUAGUCGGCUGUCAGUAAGACUAUAUGCUGAGUCGUGUGAGUCUCCUAACAAAUCAUCAAACUGGGGGGGGGGCACUUUGGGGAGUCCCAAAACAGGAACAGGGGGGACUUCUGGGGUGUUGGUAGUGUUCUCUUUCUCAGUCUGGUGUUGUUUAUGUGGGGUGGGUUCAAGUUGUGAAAAUUCAUUGAGCUGUACAGUUAUGAUAUAUACGCUUUCUACAUAUCUUAAACUUCAAUAAAGAGAUUACACACCACCAGAGUAAAAGUAAAAAACCUUCCUUUUAUUCAGCAAACAUUUCAGUUACCCCCCCCCCUUUUUUUUUUACUAGGCAUUGCUCUGGGAGUUUGGGACAUGGGCUAGGAAAGAUGUCAUCAUUGCUUCUGCAUUUACUGGGAGGCAGGGUUGCUACUCCAGUACUUUCGAAAGUCAGGGAAAUGGGCAGAGGGAGAUGGCUGAGAACAGCGGCAAACAGGGAAGGUAUGUGGGUAUAGAGUUGUCAGAGCCUCUAGUUUUGUUUUGCUUUUUUUUCCUUUUUUUUUUUUUUGGAAAAGCCACAAAUCUGAAUUUUUAUGUGAGCUCUCUUGAGUUUUAAGUGCUGUAAACGAAUCCAAAUUUUCAAAUGUGGGAGGCCAAACACAACACCCCUGCAGGACAAUUUGGCCUUGGCCUACCGGCUUGCCAGGCAUUCUGCCAACCAGCCAUCCCUCCUCAGACCAAAGACCUGAGGGUCCACUCUUUCAGGCUCUGGGAAAUCUAGCAAUGAGCGAGCCAGACAACUUUCUUGCAUUGUGGGGGUGUCUGGUACCGUGCUUCUCAAACAUCAGGAUGUGUGAGAAUCACCUGGCAUUCACACUGAAAGGCAGCUUUCUCACUCGGGAGGUCUGGGGUAAGUAAGGCCUGAAAUUUUCUUUCUAACAAGCUCCCAGGUGAUGGUGAUGCUGGUGAUCCCUGAACCAUAUAUGCUUUGAGUAGAGUUGCUCUAUAUUCCGGAGGAGCUUAGGAGCAGCUGGCAAGCACCGUGUUUUUACUUGAGUUUUAGUUUAUUGGGGUGUCUUGGAGCUGAGGACAUCAGAGGCAAGUGCUUAAGGCUGCGCCGCCAGGUCUCUAUUCUCAGAGGUUAUAAUCUAGAAGGCAGGUGGGGGUGGAGGAAAGUGUUAGGAAAAGCUUCCUGGAGGAGGUGCAUGGGAACUGCAGGAACCUCCCCGGCCGUCGAGAAAGGGAGAAGCCCUGAACUCCCCCUCUUCUCGGGCUGGGUCUCUGCAUCCCCACGCCGUGUACGGUUUCCCAGGCAUCCCACGUGUCUGCGCCCAGCGAGUGCCUGUCAAUCAAGUUUCUCCCCUACCCGGAGCUGGGUAGGGUUUAAAGGCAGCAGCGGUGCAGAACGCUCCCAUCGUGCCGCGCGGCGGGCGGGUUUGGAUUUUAAAUCCCCGCGGCCAAUCAGUGGCGCGCAGGCUCUUGUAACGUUCCCGGCGCCGCGUUUGAAUUCGAGGAGGAGCGAAGCGGUGCCAGGUCUCUGCCCAGACUCUGCUAGGUUUGCGGAGCAACUCCGGGAACAUGAGUGCGGCGGCAACUGCAGGGAAGCUGGCGCGGGCACCAGCCGACCCAGGGAAAGCCGGGGGCCCCGGAGUUGCAGCUCCCGGGGCUCCAGCGGCCGCUCCGCCGGCGAAAGAGAUCCCGGAGGUCCUAGUGGACCCGCGCAGCCGGCGGCGCUACCUGCGGGGACGCUUUCUGGGGAAGGGCGGCUUUGCUAAGUGCUUCGAGAUCUCGGACGCCGACACUAAGGAGGUGUUUGCUGGCAAAAUCGUGCCUAAGUCGUUGCUGCUCAAGCCUCACCAGAAGGAGAAGAUGUCCAUGGAGAUAUCCAUUCACCGCAGUCUCGCCCACCAGCACAUCGUAGGCUUCCACGGCUUUUUCGAGGACAACGACUUCGUGUUCGUGGUGUUGGAGCUCUGCCGCCGGAGAUCUCUCCUGGAGUUGCACAAGCGGAGGAAAGCACUGACGGAGCCCGAAGCCCGCUACUAUCUUCGGCAGAUCGUCCUUGGCUGCCAGUACCUGCACCGAAACCGGGUCAUUCACCGGGACCUCAAGCUGGGCAACCUUUUCCUGAACGAGGAUCUGGAGGUGAAAAUAGGGGAUUUUGGACUGGCAACCAAGGUCGAAUAUGACGGGGAACGCAAGAAGACCCUGUGUGGGACUCCUAAUUACAUAGCUCCUGAGGUGCUGAGCAAGAAAGGGCACAGUUUCGAGGUGGACGUGUGGUCCAUUGGGUGCAUCAUGUAUACCUUGCUAGUGGGCAAACCACCUUUUGAGACAUCUUGCCUAAAAGAGACUUACCUCCGGAUCAAGAAAAAUGACUACAGUAUUCCCAAGCACAUCAACCCUGUGGCCGCCUCCCUCAUCCAGAAGAUGCUUCAGACAGAUCCUACUGCCCGCCCAACCAUUCACGAGCUGCUCAAUGACGAGUUUUUUACUUCUGGCUAUAUCCCCGCCCGGCUCCCCAUCACCUGCCUCACCAUUGCACCACGGUUUUCAAUUGCUCCCAGCAGUCUGGACCCCAGCAACCGGAAGCCUCUCACAGUCCUCAAUAAAGGCAUGGAGAACCCCACGCCCGAGCGGCCCCGGGAGAAAGAGGAACCAGUGGUCCGGGAGACCAAUGAGGCAGUCGACGGCCACCUAGGCGACAUGCUGCAACAGCUGCACAGUGUCAAUGCCUCUAAGCCCUCAGAGCGGGGGCUGGUGAGACAAGAGGAGGCUGAGGAUCCCGCCUGCAUCCCCAUCUUCUGGGUCAGCAAAUGGGUGGACUAUUCAGACAAGUACGGCCUUGGGUACCAGCUGUGCGACAACAGUGUGGGGGUGCUCUUCAACGACUCGACACGCCUGAUCCUUUACAAUGACGGCGACAGCCUGCAGUACAUAGAGCGUGAUGGCACAGAGUCCUACCUCACUGUGAGCUCCCAUCCCAACUCCCUGAUGAAGAAGAUCACCCUCCUGAAGUACUUCCGGAACUACAUGAGUGAACACUUGCUGAAGGCAGGCGCCAACAUCACGCCUCGGGAAGGCGAUGAGCUCGCCCGGCUCCCCUACCUGCGCACCUGGUUUCGCACCCGCAGCGCCAUCAUCCUGCACCUCAGCAACGGCUCUGUGCAGAUCAACUUCUUCCAGGACCAUACCAAACUCAUCCUGUGCCCGCUGAUGGCAGCCGUGACCUACAUUGAUGAGAAGCGGGACUUCCGCACGUACCGCCUGAGCCUGCUGGAGGAGUAUGGCUGCUCCAAGGAGCUGGCCAGCCGGCUGCGCUACGCCCGCACCAUGGUGGACAAGCUGCUGAGCUCCCGCUCGGCCACCAACCGUCUCAAGGCCUCCUCGUAGGCCUUCCUCCCCUCCGGACUGGUGCCCCUCCCACCCCCACCGGCACCUCGGCCCGUACUGGUUAGCUCCCACGGUGCUGUUUUCUAGAAUGUGGCCCCCGGCCCUGGGGGCUGGGAAGAGCUACAUUAUCCUUGCUGGUGGGUGUCUCCGUGUAAGUUAUUUUUGUACAUGUUCCGGUGUGGGUUCUAUGGCCUCUUUCCCUUCCCUCUCAACCCCGCCAUGUGAAUUGUACAGAAUGUUGCUCUUGAAUCCGGGACUGUCCUUUCCUUGCCUUUAUAUACAUUAAACACGUGAAUCUUU